CAUAACCUCGAGUGUUUCCUUAUCUUGGAACGCUCAGCUCCCUUAUUCCCAAGGACAUAUAUUGAUCUCUGUAAUAGAUUGAUGUGGAUGUCUUUGAGCCUCCCCGCUAGCAGUUGAAAGAUAAGAAGAUUGAGAAAUAUUAUGGCCGCAACGUCUAUGAGUUUCAGCAUAGCAAGCGCAUUCAAAGGCCUUUCCUUGGCUUCAAGCUCUUCCUCGUCCUUCUUCAAAGGUGAUUGCGGCAGCAUCAAUGUGGCUCCCAAGCCACUGGUCUCAUUCCCCAAGAAAUUCCCAUUAACGAUUGAGAAUGCGCACAAGAAAGGAGCUGGAAGCACAAAGAAUGGCCGUGAUUCCAGAGGACAGAGGCUUGGGGUCAAAAUUUUCGGUGACCAAGUCGCGAAGCCCGGUUCAAUCAUUGUUCGUCAGCGUGGAACCAAGUUUCAUGCAGGAAACAAUGUGGGGCUGGGCAAAGACUAUACGAUCUUUUCCUUGAUUGAUGGAGUCGUUAAGUUUGAGAAAUUUGGGCCUGACAGGAAAAAGGUGAGUGUUUAUCCAAGAGAAGUACAGCCUGAGAACCCCAACAGUUAUCGAGCACGGAAGAGGGAGUACUUCAGGAUGAGGCGUGAGCGCAAGAAAGCUAGAGAAGAAGCAGCGAUAGUUCAAUCUCAGCUGGUGCUUGCUUCUGCUGAUGAAUCUGCAAUUGUUAAUCCAAUGUGUUGAUUUGUAUCACUGGCCCCCCUCCCCGGUCCCCUCAAAAGUAUUGUUCAUGUAUUAGCUAAGUUUCUAAUGGUGGAACAAAAAUUAGAGUGGUUCUUUUGCUCGAGUAAUGAAAUCUACUUCAUUCACCCCAAGAGAAAAAAGGAAUUCUAUUUCACUUUGGGAUAACAGGUCUUUGACACCCCACCUUAACGCAGGUCAAGUUGUCCAUAAUUGAUCUUAUGAGUUAUUAUCCUCCAAGGUUUACUUUUUUUUUU